AUGAUACAGUCUCAAUUAGACCCUCUACCAAAUGACCUUCCCUUCCGAUUCAUAUCAAAGACGAUAGGAAGAGGAGCAUAUGCAUCAAUCAAAAAGGCUAUACCUUUAGAUGCCCCAUCACCAGUCUUUGCGGUCAAGUUAAUUCACAAAGGCUACGCAGUUAAACAUGGCCGCAUCUCAGCUAAACAGAUUGCUAUGGAAGUGUCCUUACAUUCUCACAUCGGCCAACACCCGAAUAUAAUUGAAUGGUUUGCGACAGGCGAAGACAAUAUCUGGAGAUGGAUAGCGAUGGAGUAUGCCGAAGGAGGCGACCUCUUCGACAAGAUUGAGGCAGAUGUAGGCGUCACAGAAGAUAUCGCCCAAGUCUAUUUCCACCAACUCAUCAGUGGCGUGAGCUUCAUGCAUUCGAAAGGCGUUGCACAUCGAGAUCUGAAGCCGGAAAACAUAUUAAUGUCAGAUAACGGAAACUUAAAACUAGCAGAUUUCGGCAUGGCGACAAUGUUCGAAUACAAGGGCCAGAGAAAGCUCAGCACAACCAUGUGCGGCAGUCCACCGUACGUUGCCCCUGAAGUAUUAGCAGGCGGCGGAGUAGAUAAAAGAUCUAGUGAAGUAACCAAAUACUCGGCCGAAUUGGUGGACAUCUGGUCGUGCGGUGUCAUCUUGUUCGUCCUCCUCGUGGGAAACACGCCGUGGGAUGAGCCAACCUCGCAGAGCUGGGAGUACCAAGAAUACAAGAAGACGAACGGCCGAAGUACAGAUAGUCUAUGGGAACGAAUACCUGCAGAGACCCACUCGUUGCUCAGGGGUAUGAUGAGUAUCGAACCGAAGAGGCGAUUUACGUUCGCCCAGAUACGACAACAUCCUUGGUAUACCCGCCACAACAAAUUCCUGGCCGCAGAUGGUCAGAUCAUCGAUCCCAUAAAUCUAGCAACGAAGAUGCUAGAGAACCUACAUAUAGACUUCAGCCAACAGGCUCCCUCCUCACAACGCCAGUCGCAGUCACAAGAUGCUAUGGAUAUAGAUGGCGGCUCGUCUCAUAAGAUAUCCUCCACGCAACCAGAAACACCAAUCAACGAUGUUCUAUUCGACUGGGAGAGACCGGUUCUCCGUACCUUAACCGCGUCCUCCACACAGCCUAUCUCCCGAGCAGAUGCAACAUUACCAACGCAGUCUAGUAAUUUCUUCGACGCCCUAGCCGAGGAACCCUCCAUGAGCCAGUUCUCGCAGACGCGCGGGGUGCCGCUCAGCCUAACACAGCACGCACAGCGCUUCAAGGAUAUUGUCCCGGCGCAUUCAUUUACUCGCUUCUUUUCGCAUAUGCCACCCCAGUUACUUGUCCAGAUGCUUAGCGAUGCAUUGCACAAUCUCAACGUGCCACUACCAUCGGGACCGCCAUACGUCGGCCAAGGUGAUCACGUGUCCACUUAUAAAGUUAGGACGGUGGACGAUCGCAAACAGGGACUUCACGGGGAGAUCCUAGUCGACAAGUAUUCAUUACCAGGGUCGCAGGAGCUACUCGAAGUACGAUUCGUCAAGCUCAAAGGUGACCCGCUCGAGUGGAGACGUUUCUUCAAGAAAAUAGUGCUGCUAUGCAAGGACGGCGUCUUCAAACCGGAGGACUAG